AUGAGACUACAAGGUCUUGAUUGGAUUAAAUGGAACUCCAAGAACGAUCUGGGCUAUGAAUCUUCUAGGAAGGUCACUUGGCAUAUCACCUUCACUUAUGCUGGGAACUAUAUAUGGACCACUAGAUGCGCAAACCUAUUUGGAGAGGAGGAACCUAUUAUGAGAGUUGAUGCAAAUAAGUGCAUUUGGAAAGCUUUGCCUAAUAUUAACAUGCUGAGUAAAAUGAACUUGCAUAAAACACCACACAACAAUGUUAACAAAUGGCGCCCUCCUGAAAAGGGUUAUAUAAGAGUUGAUGUGGAUGGAUUCGAAGGCUUUGACGUUAUGGAAGGGUCAUUGAAAAAAUAUAGGGGCUCUAGAAAGAGAAAAGUAUACAUAAGUGACGACGACGACAACAACAACGGCGUCAUUGGAAAGGAUGAGUGCGGUGACAUUGCCUGCACUUUCAAGAAUAUGUGGGAUUUAACACCAGAUACUAAUCUGCUGUUGGAGCUUCCCGAAGAAUACACUUUCGAAACAGCUCUUGCAGACUUGAUUGAUAAUUCAUUGCAAGCUGUGUGGUAUAAUCGGGAAAAUGAGAGAAGACUUGUUAGAAUAGAUCUGGAUGGGGAUAAGAUUUCAAUCUUUGACACUGGCUCCGGAAUGGAUGACACUGAUGAAAAUUCCUUAGUGAAGUGGGGUAAGAUGGGCGCUUCACUUCAUAGAUCAUAUAAAUCACUCGCUAUAGGGGGGAAACCUCCAUAUUUGAAGCCUUAUUUUGGGAUGUUUGGAUACGGUGGACCUAUUGCAUCUAUGCAUUUGGGGCGGCGGACCGUGGUUUCCUCCAAGACAAAACACAUCAAGAAAGUCUACAUGUUGCAUCUUGAGAGAGAAGCUUUGCUAAGUCCGUCUAACUCCGAUCUAACUUGGAAGACUGAUGGUGGCAUCAGGGAUCCCUCAGAGGAAGAAGUCAGGGAUUCAAAUCAUGGCAGUUUCACAAAGGUUGAGAUUUUCUGUUCAGACUUCAAGGGUAACCUCUCCAAACUUCAGUGCCACCUGAAGGACAUAUAUUUCCCCUACAUUCAGUGUGAUGACAUGUCUAAGACAAGGAAGACUACUACACCAAUAGAGUUCCAGGUUAAUGGUGUGGAUUUGACGGAAGUUGAAGGUGGGGAGGUUGCAAUCACCAAUUGGCACUCUUGCAAUGGCCCUGAGUUUGUUUUACAGCUUCAUUUUUCCUCUAUGCAUCAUUCUGACAGCACGAGAAGUCCAGGGUCAAGAUCAUCUCGAGAAGCAAAUGCACGUCUGAGGUUGGUGUAUCUCCCAUUCAGAGAGGGAAAGGAGAAUAUUGAGAGGGUCUUGGAGAAGUUGAAGGCUGACGGUUUUGAAACUAAAGAGGACUUCCAAAACUUUAGUCGUGUCUCUGUUCGUCGGCUGGGUCGUCUACUUCCAGAUGCUCGUUGGGAUAUGCUUCCUUUUAUGUUUGAGGAACAAAAAGGGAACAGGGCUCACCAGUUGAAGAGAUGUUGUUUAAGGGUGAAAUGCUUUAUAGAGACCGACGGAGGUUUCAAGCCAACACCAUCCAAGACUGAUCUAGCUCACCACAAUCCCUUUACCUCUGCUUUGAAGAAAAUAGGCAGUAAAGUUCCUGAGAAAGAGAGUGAUGUUGUAGUUGAAAUUCGUAGAGCUGGGAAGCUGUUAACUCCGUCCCAGCUGGAAAGGGAAUAUCAAGAUUGGAUUUUUCAAAUGCAUCAGCGGUAUGAUGAAGAAGUCGAUUCUGGUGAGGAUCAGCCAGUUAUUAUCGUCUCCCCGCCAAACAAAAAGGCACUCGGCAUCUCUUCUGAUGUUGUAAGGGUUCAUCAGAAGUUGAAGCGAAAGGAAAAAUCAUGGAAUCGUGGUGAGAAAAUCAAAUUACUGAAGGGAGCAUGCGCGGGGCGCCGCCACAAUAUUUAUGCAACUAUAGAAUAUUUCCUGCUGGAUGGAUUCGAAGGGGACGCUGGGGGAGAGGCCCGAAUCAUAUGUAGGUCAAUGGAUGUCCCGAAUGACAAUGGCUGUGUCCUUUCCGUGGAUGAUGAACAUGCAAAUCUGGACCUUGGGAGUUCUUUAUCCUUACCUUUAAGCGUGAUUGACUCUGGAAAGAUUGUACCUAUUGAAAGCAUUGAAUGGGAUAGUCAGCUUCAUCAGAAACAACAGAAAUCUCCUGCUAUUGUCGAGCUGCUGAGUGUUCCACAUUGUCAGCAAUUGGAGGUUGAUGGGACAUUACCUAUUAAUACCCCCAUUUUUGCUGGUCAAGUUCCCCCAACCCAUGUUGUGGCAGUUGUUAGGCCCACAAAUUUUAUGCCUGGCAAUGCAGAAAAGUUAGACCCGAAGGGUAUUUUCAAGAGCAAUACGGAGAUGACUAUGGAAGUCAAAUUUAAGGAUGAAAGCAAAAAUUCCCAGGAUGUUAUUCUUUCAGAACGCGUGUCAUCAGGAGCUUAUAAAGGGCUUAAUGGCUUAUACUUCUCCCUAGGAUGCAAGUUCCCUGAUUUAUUUCACAAAGCUGGUGCUUACGUGUUUUCAUUCUCUCUUAUCCAAUCAAGCUGUAAAAAUUGUGAGGAAAGAGUGAUUGUGAAGCCUUCCACUCUUAAGCGUGUUGAACUCCGGUCACCAAUAGUGAAAAACCAGCUGCUUCCUGGUUAUGUGUUUAAGGAGUUCGUAUUGGAGAUGUUUGAUGCAUAUGGAAACCACGUGUCUAAAGGUUCAGAGGUUACUUUGUCUUUGUCAAACUUCGUCAUUGAAGAUCAUGUGGGCAUGACACGAAAGGUUGAUGCUAAUGGAAAAAUUGACCUCAGUGGUCUACUGAAGUUGAUUGCAGGUUUCGGAGAACAUGCAUCCCUAUCUGUUCUGUUUGAAGACAAAAUAGUUUUUGAGCAGAAAUUUUCGACUGUGAGGAGGAAAUUGAGAAUCGCAUCCAAGUUGCCUGAUAUCUGUAUUGCUGGCGGUCAAUUGGAAAACCUUGUUUUUGAAGUUGUUGAUCCUGAUGGAGAUGUAGAUAUGGAUAUUCAUCACAAUGAUAAAGAUGGCCAAUCUCAUAUGCUUAUAAUCAAGUCAGUGUCUAUUCAAGCGCAGGAAUUUAUCCAAUACACUUUCGAGCACGGGUGCUGCACUGUCCAUGCGAUAUCCAUUCCACCAGAUGAAAAGACCUUUUGCUUUUCAGCCGCUCACUCUCAGUAUCCAGAGCUAAACAUAACUGUUGAGGUCCCUAUUGCAAACGCUCCAAAAGUGGAGCAUGAUGACAGCCAAUUUCCAUAUUUAGAUAAGAGGAUGAUGCAACUGGAGGACUUGUCAUCAUUUAAUCAAGAUAAGAACUUAGUGAUCUCCUUUGUAAAUGAGGAUGAGGAACUUCAAGACAUCCUCAAGAUUGGUCAAGAUAUUGGACAAAUUGAAACGACGCUUCUUGAUCUUAAUAAUCUCAAGGCUAAAACAGAGCAAGAGGUGUUGGAGUUGCAAGAAAAGGUUGGUCCUCGUCAAUUGAGUAAUAUAAAUUGUCUAUUCACCAAAGAUGAACUGAAGGAAAGAAUACAAUGCAUGGAAAACUCAGCAGCUGCUGUUAUCUGCAGUCUCUUGCCGAACCAAAUGCCACAGAAGUCUAUCAUGAACGAUAUAAUAAACCUGGUUGCACUUCUUGGUACUGUUCAGAGCCCUGAGCUUAGCAGAAUAUUAGCAGAGUAUCUUGGAGAAGAUAAGAUGCUGUCUGUCGUUUGUAGAACCUUUGAUGCUGCAAGUGCUCUUGAGAGGUAUACACAAAGUGGAGAAGUUGAUUCUACACUUGCUUUACAUGCUGAAGCAGCCACACUUGGAAAAGUUAUAUGUAGGCGUUUCCUUGUUUUGUGCCUUGAAGAUAUAAGGCCUUACAAUGGGCGUUGCCAAGGACAUGACCCUCAGAGGAAGCUGACCUUGCCAUAUCCUACUUUGCCAAAUGGCAGUAUGCCGGCAGGUUUUUUGGGUUAUGCUGUUAAUAUGAUUGAGCUGGAUGAUCAUCAUUUGCAAACAAGGACUUCUACGGGACAUGGUCUCCGGGAGACUGUGCUUUUCAGUCUAUUCAGGAAGCUCCAAGUUUAUGAAACAAGGGAGCAUAUGAUGGCUGCUCGUGCCUGUAUAGAGGAUGGAGCUGUUUCACUAGAUGGCGGCAUUGUAAGAGAACGUGGACUAAUCUCUCUUGGUUACGGGAAUCCUUCAAUAUGCUUUCCUCUUGAGAGUCCGGUGCUUGCCACUCCAGAGACUAGAAAAAUGAUAGCUAAGAUUGGGGAACUGAGGGAUAAGUUAACGGGCCUUGAGGAUGAUAUAAGAAAUGUGAUUGAAUUGCACGAUAAGCACCUGAAGAAGUUCCGCAGAAGACAACGCCGAUAUGGGAAGAUUAUGGAUGACUCGGGGCCUAUGAUCGAAAACCAAUUGUUGGAAUAUAAACCCAGUAUAACGGACAGCUCAAUUUUACAUGAAUAAGCUCCUGUGAAUAUGGUUGACAAGGAAAAAAAAGACUGCCACUCUGAAUAUUGAAUAUGCAUUAUAUAGCUUUUGCAUAGCGGGUUUUGAACAUUUAUUGCUAUAGAGCACGCAUUAAUUUAUGU